AUGUCUGUCUUGGAUUUUCCAGAUUACCCUGAUGGCGACGUUAAGCUCACCAUCCACCCGGAUGGCUAUCUUCUACAUUCGAACCGGCUCUGCGAACACUCAAGGGUUCUGAGAGGCCUGCUAGGACAGCCAGACGAAGUCCAACCAGUGCCACAUAUCCAGGGGAUGGAUCAUUUAGGCGUCUCUAAUCUCUACCUUAUUGGUGAAGCAGCGCAUAAGUUCGGGGUCUUCCAGCUCCAGGUGCCCCGUCAGUUUACGAGCGAGAUCAGGGGCUUUCAGGCUGUGGACUACAUCCCAGUCUGGCCUAUGAAAACCCGUCGGUGCUGGGAGAACAUCUUUAGGAUGUUUUAUUUGCUGCCGCCAAUCCUCCACGACGAUGGACCGGAAAAAAACUUUCUUGACAACAGUUGGAGAGUUGCUGAAUUGGCGUCGGAGAUCGAGGCGGGAGAUUAUAUCUUUCCUAUCCUCGGCGCAGCACUGGAGGGCUACGAGCAGGAGCUGUAUUAUUCUAUCUCAAAUGACCCGAUCGGUUGGGUGAACUUGGCUAUAAGAAUCCAGUCACCCACGAUAUUUCGAGAAGGCAUUAUUCACAUUGUUGGCCGCUGGAACUACGUGACGGAUGAGGGCCACGCUUUGCUCCCUGGUCAGAUCCGUGAGCUCUGUGAAAGAAAGCAUAGAGAUCUGCAAUUCGACAAACGGAUGAUAGAAAUGAACAUCCUCAACCACCCCGUCGCUGAUCCACAUGAUAGAGACAUCUACAUGUGGAUGGCUAAGGCCUUUCAUCAGCAGUGGCUUGGCAACUCCAUUGCUGGGAACCAGACAUACCGUUCUUUGGAUGGUGGGGCUGCCUUCUACCGCGCCAUCAAUGCUGGCGGGGAUGCCUAUCUUCCGGUGCUCGAGCCCGAGACCAACCUCAUCUUACUGCCCAUUCAACAAGACGAGAUCACACUUCUCGAAAACCGCCUGAAUGUCUUGAAGAAUUCUGUAAAGUAUCUGGUUGAUAACCUACUGCGCAACAGAUCGCGGUUCAACCCCUUAGUAUGGGGCGAUUUACAUUAUUUGACAUGUUGUGAAGUCAAUCAACAUGACAUCCCUUGGCUGGCAGAUAGGGCUGCACAGGACGAUGUAGCUCUUAUGCAUACCGUGAACCCUGCUUUGCCCCUAAUGUACAGGGACAAUAUUCAAACGGAGAUACGCCAAAUCCACACGCCUCGCAUGCCACAGAUAGUUGUCGAGAACCCUUUGCCGGAGAACAAUCCUCAGAUAGGUACUCGGCGUUUUGUGUCUCCCUACGCCCAAUCACUGGAAAGGUCCCCUGAUUACAGCUCUAGUCAGUCCCGGAGUGAGCUGACCUACGCUGUCCAUGAGCCUGACUUGUCAUCGGAUGACUCUCAGAGCAGCUUCAUCAGCCCGCCUCACUGGGAUGAAGAGGACGGGUCAACUGCGCGAACAGACACCGAGAACCCAGUGAUCCUAGCUUUCGAUGAGUCUAUACAGACAGAUCCCCAGGAUUUAAGUGGAGGAGAUAUUGACCUGGUGAAUUAUGCGAGCCCUGUCUUCAUGUCUCUUAAUGGCAGUGUUGAAGGCCACGGACAUAAUACUCAGCACGAUGGCUGA